UGCUUACAGGUGUUCCUUUUCUGUUCCAACAGAAUUAGUGCCAUGGCAACCCAAGUGCUGGGACAGUCUGGUGGGAACAGCCUCUUUUCUGGCAGUGCUAAUAUUGGUAUGGCGUUGUCCAAUGACAUGUAUGACUUACACGACCUUUCUAAAGCUGAGCUGGCAGCUCCUCAGCUCAUUAUGUUGGCAAAUGUGGCCUUGACGGGAGAAGUUAAUGGCAACUGCUGCGAUUACCUGGUUGGGGAAGAGAGGCAAAUGGCAGAACUGACAACAGUGGGGGACAGCAACUUCUCAGACAGCGAUGGAGAGGGUAUGGAAGAUACCCAGGCUGCGGAGAGUGACCGCGACACACCUGAAAAUGUGGAAUUGAGCUCUCUUGAAGUUCCUAAUGUGGAAACCCAAGAUGCAGCUGCUUGCCCCCCUCCUAAGACUCCCAGUGCGGACAAAGAUGUCCCAUUGGAAGCACCGGGUACUCCAGAAAGUACAGAGGACAAGUGUAAGAGCUUGAAGAGUAAGCCGUUUCGUUGUAAGCCUUGUCAGUACGAGGCAGAGUCUGAAGAGGAGUUUGUGCAUCAUAUAAGGGUUCACAGUGCUAAGAAAUUCUUUGUGGAAGAAAAUGCAGAAAAGCAAGCCCAGGUGAAGGAGUCUGACUCUUGCACCGCAGAAGAGGUGGAUUUCUCUAAGGGCCCAAUCCGUUGUGAUCGUUGUGGCUAUAACACUAACAGAUAUGAUCACUAUCUGGCUCACUUGAAACACCACAACAAAGCAGGGGAAAAUGAGAGAGUCUACAAGUGUACCAUAUGCACUUAUACUACCGUCAGUGAAUAUCACUGGAAGAAACACCUAAGAAAUCAUUUUCCCAGGAAAGUGUAUACCUGCUCACAGUGCUCCUAUUUUUCAGACAGGAAGAACAAUUAUAUUCAACAUAUUCGAACUCACACAGGAGAGCGACCCUAUCAAUGUGCUAUGUGUCCUUAUUCCAGCUCUCAGAAGACCCAUUUGACCAGGCACAUGCGCACCCACUCAGGUGAGAAGCCAUUCAAAUGUGAUCAGUGCAGCUAUGUGGCCUCAAACCAGCAUGAAGUAACUCGUCACGCAAGGCAGGUUCACAAUGGGCCGAAGCCUCUGACUUGCCCACACUGUGACUACAAAACAGCUGACCGCAGCAAUUUCAAAAAGCACGUUGAGCUCCACGUCAAUCCGCGCCAGUUUCUCUGCCCUGUUUGUGAUUACGCAGCAUCUAAAAAAUGUAACCUGCAGUAUCACAUCAAGUCCAGGCAUCCUGAUUGUUCUGACAUCACCAUGGAUGUUUCAAAGGUGAAGCUACGGACAAAAAAGAGCGAAGCUGACUUUUCUGAAAGCAUUAAUGACAAAGCAGAGAAGGAACAAACAAAAGGGGAUUCAGCUGCAAAGAAAACUGAGAAAAUUGUGAAAGUGGAGAAAAAAGAUAAUUUGGCAAAGGAAAAGAAGCCAACGAGCAAUGUUUCUGCAGGCCAGGUGACAACCAGAAGUCGGAAAUCGGCUUCGGAAAGCAAGGAGGUGGACAUUAAAACUGAGAAAAAUACUGAGAAAACAUGCAAAACAAAGAAGAUCAAAAGAAAGGCGGAGACUGAAGUAACUUCCUCAAAGCAAGAGCCUGCAAAUGAUACCUCGGCAGUAACGAAAAAGAAAAAGAAAGUGGAAACUAAACCCAGAGACUGCCAGGAAGCUCAGAAAAGUGAUGUUGUACCAGCAGAGGAGGAGCCUAAAAAGCAAAAUUCUUGCCUCAAGAAAAACAGAAAAAAGAAAGCUCUGAAAAAUAAGCACAGUAAGAAAAGCAGUAAACUCGAUCAGGAAAAGAUCGAGGAUGAGGAGAUGCCAGAUGAGUGUCCUAUCAUGGAAGAGGAUGGAUGCGUGAAGCCUGACGCUGAGGGCAGAGACCAGAAGGAGCAAGAUCCCACCGACACGGCUGCAUUAAACAACGAUGGUGGCCAUGCUCUCAAGGCAGAGAGCACCGAUCCCAAAGGAGGCUGCGUACAAGACCCAGGACAGCUUUGUCUGCCAGUUCAGGGUGCAGACACAGAAGCUGAGAUAGAGGACCAAGAAAUGCCUGCUGCAGCAGGAGGCAGCGAAGACACUGUUGGUGAAAAGGAGGAGAGAAAGGCGGACAGAAGGGAAGAUUCUUGCUCUGAGCAAUCUUCCCACGCAGUGUCUUCUGAAGAAAACUUGGAUGUGCCCAUGGAUGUGGUAUCAGGUCUGGUGCCUGAGAAGGAGCCAGAGGAAACCUGUGCAGCAGAAACUGUGAGCAGCUCAGACCCAGUGGACCUGACUAAGACGUGCCUGCCAGCGACAGAGCCAACAGGAGGUGCUGUUCUGGCACCUGCGCCCCCAGAAGGGUGUACUCAGAGCCCUAAAGUAGUUCUGGCCUUAUCAUCUCCGGAUAACACAGCAGUAAAUGAAUCUCAGGAAAUGGAUGAGGAUGAGGGCAUCCACAGCCAUGAAGGCAGUGACAUAAGUGACAACAUAUCAGAAGGCAGUGAUGACUCGGGGUUAAAUGGCACUCGCUCCGUACAAGAGGAAACAAGUCCAAAGAUGUCACAAGGAGCUGCAAACACCACAGUGGCCAGGGAGAACUAUGUGUGCAUUUUUUGUGACCGCUCAUUUAAAAAGGAAGGUGAAUACAGCAAGCACCUCAAUCGCCACUUAGUCAAUGUGUAUUAUCUUGAGAAGGCAACAAAAGGGCAGGAGUAG